GAGCGGAGCAGCAAAGUUUUCAGAGCCGGGACGGCGUUGCCUAGCAGCUGGGGAGAGGACUCUGACUACUUCACGUUCGCUUUUUUUACUGGACGUUUCCCUUUCAUUGUCCUGUAAGCUUUUUAUUUAAAAAUAAAAAGCCCAGAUACCCAACAUGUCUCAUACCGUGACACUUAAGGGACCCUCUCCGUGGGGUUUUCGCCUGGUGGGAGGACGGGAUUUUAGCACACCGUUAACCAUCUCCAGGGUAACAUCUGGUAGCAAGGCGGCUCAAGGUGACCUGUGUCCAGGUGACACCAUUCUAGCUAUCAAUGGUGACAGCACAGAUCAGAUGACGCACAUGGAGGCUCAGAACAAGAUUAAAACAUGCACUCAGCAGCUCACACUCAACAUCAUCAGAUCGGGAUCCGGAGACAGAGUGUGGUCACCGACAGUCAGUGAAGAUGGCAAGAUAAGUCCUUACAUGGAGCCUGACUCACAGAAUUUCCGUCCUAUCACCAGCGGUUCUGGCAGUUACAGCCGUAAACCUUCAUACACCUCUGAACCGCAUUCCUCUCUUGCUCCUCAGUCCACUCACCUGAAUAAUGGACACACCAGACCUAACAAUGGCCACAGCUAUGGAAAUGGGAAUGGAGCUGGACAUGCUCAGUACAACAACCCAGCAGGGCUUUAUGCUCACAAUGGCAGCAACGGGGACAGAUCCCUUCCAGGCAAGAUGGGGGGUCUCAGCCUCAGUGCCACACACAGUCCAGAGCCUCCUCCUCAAUCCCCAGUGAGCCAUAACGGUUUCGACCCCCAGUCAGAUGUCUAUAAGAUGCUUCAGGACUAUGAAGAGCCUGUCUCUGCGCCUAAACAGUCUGGCUCCUUCAAAUACCUCCAGGAGAUCCUGGACGCUGAAGAUGGAGGUUUGUCACCAACAGAAAGAAUGAGAAGCUUAAGGUCUCCUGUCAGAUCUCCGAUACCAAAACUGGGUAGCCCAAUUCCCAGUCCCAUGUCUGGUCUACAGAAGCUACCCCAGUGCACACGCUGCUGUAAUGGCAUUGUUGGCACCAUCGUAAAGGCCAGGGACAAACUCUACCAUCCAGACUGCUUCAUGUGUGACGACUGUGGCAUCAACCUAAAGCAGAGAGGCUACUUCUUUAUCGAAGACAAUCUGUAUUGCGAGACCCACGCCAAGGCUCGUGUCCAGCCACCUGAGGGCUAUGAUGUUGUGGCUGUGUACCCCAACUCCAAGGUGGAGCUGGUCUAAGAUGAAGAAACUGGCUUUUAUUUGUAACAGAAAUGGGAAACCAAAAUAUAGUAGAAUGAGGCUACUGAGCAUCCUAGCCAGCACUGAUCAGGCCUUGUCAAGUAGGACUGCUGAUGUUGGAUCCCUUUUGCCUUAUUUGGUUGGAGAGAGUUGUGUGAAGUUUCAGUGAUCCCAGAUCAGUACUCUCACACUGACAGGUUUGAUAAAUGCAGUGCAUAUUGAAAUAUGAUGAGAGGUUAAGGCCUGGAACUGAUGAAUCUCCAAAAACCAUUAAUUUGAAAACCGCCAUCAUUCAUCAAUUUUGCUUGAACCCAAUCCAAGAAAACUACAGAAUCAGCUGCGCUCAUACUCAGAGAACAGUGUUCAGAUGUGCAAUCACAGGCACUUCAGUAGCCUAAUAUUUAAUGUCAUUUAGAAAACUCACAAGUGCACAUUGCAAAAAUGAAAAGACAUCUAAAACUUAUUUCAAAAACUACUUAUGUUUUCUACUUUUCUAUCACCGAUCUACACCUUGCACUUCCAUGUAAUUUGCAGUGAUCUGUGGUUUAUGUUUUGGUGGAAGUGGUGCAGUUGUCAUUUAACAGUGUCACAGGUAAAUAUUGUAAUGCUGUUUCUAACCUACGGUUUCUAACCUACUGGCAGUUUUUACUUUUCAGUUCUGUAAAUAAUGCUGUUUUUCUCUUAUUAUCCCACUUUACGACAGCUCUCUCAUGGUAUUUGUCACUAAUGUCAAUAAGAAGCUUGGAGACCAGAUUUACAGGAAUGCACCUUGUGGUAAAUGCCUCUGUGUACAGAAAGCACUACACUGCCCUACACAGUUUUUGUUUUUUUUACCUCUUGUAAAAACAUUCGACAGCCUUAAAAUAGAUUAAUUAUUUACUUACUGCAGUACCAUAAUCUCAGAGUGUAAACAAUACUACUGUUCACUAACAGCGUGUUUGGGAUUUUUGCCUUUAUCUCAUUUACCUUCCUCUUCUAAAUGCCCUCAUCCAGCUUUGUUUGUCACAGUUCCAGUUGUUUUAGACUUUUUAGUCGUGGUUCUGAAAACAGUCAGAGGUCUACAUCUGCUUAUAGUGUCCAUAAGUGUCAUGGUGAUUUUGGGCUUUUAAGGUUGUAGUGGAUUUGCUUUUUUUGGCGGUGGGGGAGGGGGGUGUUCAGGAAAAGAACUGGAUAGACAAGUUGAGAUUUUUUUUAUCCCAAAUAGGCUCAGAAUUAUGCAUACAGCUCAAUGCAUCCAUUACUGGUAAUACUUGUUUAAAUGUCACUUAGUAAGUUGCACCUUAAACACAUGUUUUUCAUAGCUAUGAUCAGGCUUCUGGUAGGUUUCUGGCUGGAUGUUUGACCCUUCUUCUUGGCAAAAUAGGUGACCCUCCAUGAAAUUAGAUGGUUUCCUAGCCCCACUCUUAAACCUAAACACGUCUUUGAAGCAUAGACCAGAGAAUAGUUGAGGUAAUGGCUUUCCUUAAGCCUAAUGUCAGUUGGUUUUGAUUAAUGAUUUGGAUCAGUGUCCCGUUGAAAACCACAUUGUGUCAAUGUUUUUACCAUCAACCUGCUGAUUUAAGGUGAAGUAGAAGAAUUAGGGCUUAGUCCUCCUUCCUUCAUUAUUAUACCAAAUUUGCACCAGUUCUGUUGGCAGCACAAAACACUCCCAGAGCAUGAUGCUGCCACCAAUAUGCAUAACAAUUUGUAUAGUGCUCUUAGGUUUGAAAUCAUUAUCUUGACUACUAUAAACAAACAUCCUAUUAUAAACUUUUGUCCUGCCUAAUCAUAAAGCUUUUCUCCAGAAGACAUUUGGCCUGUCCAUGCAGACAGCUGCAAAUUUCGCUCAAGCUUGAAGUUGUUGAUUUCACAGCAGGGAUAUUCUUUUGGUCAACACCCUCUCAGCCUAUGUUGAUAUAAAUGUUACCUCAAACAAUUAGCAAAUUUUUUAGCCUUUCCUAAACUAUGAACAUCAACACAUGAUUCAUGUCUUUCCCAUUUUGAAGAUUGGAGAAGGGAAAUGGAACUGUUUCUUACUUAGCUUUUAUAUCCUAGGGAAACAGGACAUCAUGGAUAAAGAAUUUAACAUUACCCAUCUCUCUAAUCUUAAAAAAGUAAAGUACACAUAAAAAUGUCUUCAGUUUAUUUAUUCUAGAAGGAAAUUAAGGGGUGAUAUUGAUUGGCUUAUAAACAUAUUUGCCAUGGUUGCCAUAGACUGUAGAAAGUGUUGUAUCUUAAAUACCCCCGCACAGAAUAACCUGUUUAAAACGUGUUAAUAAACAACUUAAAAUGUGGUUAAAAGCAAGCUAAAUAUGCGACAAGAAAAUGACAAGAAAUCAGAGUUUUAUGACAAAUGAACUCUCUGUCCUAAUGCUUGGAACCAGGUCAUUUGGAGCAGAGUAAAAAGACUAUUCUGAGAAUGUUUUCUUUCUUUUGCACCUGACUGGGAAAGAAAUUUCAGCUAUCACUCUGAAAAAUUCCUGUUCAUAAAAACAAGAGCUCCCUGGGUGUUUUUUAAACCUCCUCGGGCUGACACGUAUCCUCUACUUCUUCUGACAGUUUUUAAAAAUAUGGCUGUGUGCAUUUGAGACCAGACACAAAGCUAUGGAAAACGGCUUAAUAUAAAAUUAAAAACUUGUAAAAUGGGAUCCCACCGCCUGCAAAAUGUGGGAGUAAUACCCACUGUUUCAGUUUUUCUUGGAGCCAUGACAUCUCCUUGGAAAAGAAAAAAAGACAGAAAUUGGAAAUAUGCACAGCUUUUGUCCCUAUCUUACCAAGAUUUCCUGAGCCAGAUUAGAGCCAGGGUCAUAAAGUAAAUGAAAUAUAUUUCAACAUUUCCUCUAAGGAGACAGGUGAAAGUGUCAGAAGGGGGUGAGGGAGAAAAAAUUAGUUAGAUGACAUGUCAUUUCCUUUCCUGGAAGAAGAAAGAACAAUGUAAUUUUGUGACCAUCAGUCUUAUCUUAUUGUGAAUAGUGAAGUGAAAUGAGUGGACAAGAGUUAUGACAUUCUUACUUUUAGAAAAUUACUAACAAAACUAUUUUUUAAUCUGAAAUAAAAAUGGGUUUUGCAGUAGUUACACAUUUAUUUUUAGCUUAUUUGCUUGUAAUUUGUUUAAAUUAUGUGAAAACUUUAACCCUACCACAUUUUACCUUUGGUCUUGUACAUAUUUUGUUCUAUUGGGAUUGCGUUAUCAUAGUGUAACUUGUCAGUCACAAACCUUUUGCAUUUCAUGGAUCUUUUAAAAUUUUCUUCAAAGCAUUUGUAUUUUUUCCUCUUGUAUUUAACUUAUUGUCCUGCCAACACAUUUUCUUUUUUUUUUUUUUGCCAUUUAUUCUUCAUUCUUGGUUUUAAAUAAAAUUAAAGCUGCAAUUCUAUGAUGUGAUCAUUAAAAUCUGGACCUAACUUAAGGAUUUUCUACUACAAAUGUUUCCUAAAACAGAAGCCCUUCAAUCAUUUUACACCUUGUCUGUGACACGUUUGUUUCUGUAUACCUCACAAUGUAAAGACCACGAGGCUACAGUAUUUGUGUCUUGUAACUAAAUUCCUGAGACAUGCACAGAGGCCAGAAAUCUGAUAAUAAAACCACACAGAUCUUGUCUUACAAUAGUUAACCCUUGUUUUAAAAAAGGACUGUUUGAAAUGAUGUAAUUGGUGCAGUAUAUUUUUAAGUGUUGAGUCUUGGACCAAUCAUAUUAAAGUGGUUUUACCCAUG